CUAAUACUCUCCAAUACAUAGCCCUAAGGGCAUACAAUGGGGGACAAUAUAGCCAGCCUUUUCUUGCUCUUGCUGGCACUUACCCUCACAAGUGCCUACGAAGUCAAGACAGGUCGAAUCCGUAAUCACGGUAACUACGUCUGCAGCACAUGGGGGAACUUUCACUACAAGACCUUUGAUGGGGAUUUUUAUCAGUUUCCGGGCCUCUGUAGCUAUGAACUGGCUUCACACUGCGGGGGACCAUACAGCGAGUUCUCUGUCCACGUCAAACAUACCGACACCACUGGUCACCCACUCAUUGAAAAGAUUAUUGUAACUGUCAAGGAUGUCAUAAUUCAGCUCAAACGUAACUUAGUGGUGGUGAAUGGACAAAUAGCCAAGACCCCUUACUAUAGCUAUGGAAUCCUGCUUCACAGCAAUGAUGCCUAUAUUAAGCUCUAUACCAAGACCGGUCUUACGCUCAUGUGGAAUAAAGAAGAUGCUAUUAUGGUGGAGCUUGACCCCAAAUUCAACAAUCAGACAUGUGGUUUGUGUGGAGAUUAUAAUGGUGUACCUUUUUAUAAUGAAUUCAUCAGUGGAGGUAUUCAUCUCACUCCUUUGCAAUUUGGAAACCUGCAGAAUGUCUAUGAUCCAUUUGAGCACUGUACAAAUCCAGAUGAAACACAGAUUGCUGACACCUCUCAAUGUUCCCAAUAUCGCUCCGUUUGUGAGGAACAUCUUACACACCCUGCAUUUGCAGACUGUCAGUCCCUCCUGAAGACAGAAUCUUUUAUCCAGGCUUGUAUGCUGGACAUGUGCUCCUGCGGCCAAUCACAAGAUGCCUUCUGCCUCUGCAGCACAAUCUCAGAGUUUUCCAGGCAAUGCUCUCACGCAGGAGGACGCCCAGGGAUAUGGAGGACUGAAACCUUCUGUUCCAAAACCUGUCCAGGGAACAUGAUUUACCAAGAGAGUGGUUCCCCAUGUACAAGUUCAUGUUCCCACCUUGAGAUACACAGCCUGUGUGAAGAACAUUAUAUGGAUGGCUGUUUCUGUCCUGAAGGAACUGUACUUGAUGAUCACACUGGCAAAGGAUGUGUACCGUUAAGUGAAUGUAGCUGCAAACAUCAAGGGGCACUGUAUAGCCCCGGAGCAACAAUACAAAAUGAUUGUAAUGAAUGUAACUGUAAUGCAGGAAAAUGGAAAUGCACCAACCGGCACUGUCCUCGGGUUUGUUCCAUUGAGGGAGGAGCUCAUUUUAACACUUUUGAUGGGAAGAAGUACACUUUCCAUGGCAACUGUUACUAUGUUCUUUUAAAGGGUGAGAGGAAUGAGUCUCAUGCUCUAUUAGGAGAGCUAACUCCAUGCAGUUCUUCACCGAGGGAGACCUGCCUUAAGACAAUCAAGAUGCUCACAGAUAACAUGCAAAAUGUUGUGACAUUCAAUGCAGACCGUACUGUAUUACUGAACGAGCUGGAAAUAAGCUUGCCUCAUGUUACAGCCAGCUUUUCUAUCCUUCAACCCACUGAAUCUUACAUCAUUGUACAGUCCAGUUUUGGUAUUGAGCUCCAGAUCCAGCUGCUGUCCAAGACACCCAUGAUGCAGCUCUUUAUUAAUAUGGAUAGGCCCAUCACUAAAGGUCUGAAAGGCCUUUGUGGUAACUUUAACUACAUGGAAGGAGAUGACUUUAAAACAUCUGGUGGACUGGUAGAAGCAACAGCUUCAGCUUUUGCCAAUACUUGGAAGGCCAACCCCACUUGCCCUGACCAGAAUGAGUAUCUGGAUGAUCCAUGCAGCCUCAACAUCGAGAGCCAAAGUUAUGGUAACCAUUGGUGCACUCAGUUAGAAAAGCCAGAGUCACCUUUUGCCAAGUGUCAUUCAACUGUAGACCCAGGGGAUUAUAUUAAGAGAUGUCAAUAUGAUGUGUGCAACUGCAAGGACAGCGAGGCCUGUAUGUGUGCUGUCUUCUCUUCUUAUGUAAGAGCUUGUGCAGCUAAAGGGAUCAUCUUGUGGGGCUGGAGAUCAGGAAUUUGUGAGGGAGAUGUGAAAUCAUGCCCAUCAACCCAGAUGUAUUUGUACAACCUCACUACUUGCCAGCCAACUUGCCGUUCCCUGGCAGAAGGAGACAAAGCCUGUAGCAGUGAAUUCACUCCUGUUGACGGAUGCGGAUGCCCAGAUGGAGAGUACUUAAAUGAGAAGGACCAAUGUGUGCCAAUAUCGCAGUGUUCCUGUUAUUAUCAGGCCACAUACAUUAGACCACAGGAAGUCAUCUCUAAACAGAAUGAAGAGCGUUGCUCCUGCCAUAAUGGUAGACUAAUAUGCACAACCUCUACUGGUGAAAAAAGUUGCCCAAAAGGGAAAAUCUACAAUGACUGCAACAAGAUACCAGCAGAUGGCAGAGUAACACCAGUUCACAGAAGUUGCAAGACUCUAACUGUUGACUAUUUCCAGACAGAGUGCAGAUCAGGAUGUGUAUGUCCUGAUGGGUUGCUGGAUGAUGGGAUGGAUAACUGUGUGACAGAGGACAAAUGCUCUUGCAUGCACAAUCAGGAAUAUCACCAUCAUGGAGAAGAGAUCAAGGUGGACUGUAACACUUGUACAUGCAGGAGCGGCACAUGGUACUGCACCAAUGUAAUGUGUUUUGGCACAUGUACAGUCUAUGGAAGUGGCCACUAUAUCACCUUUGAUAACAAAAUCUACGACUUUGAUGGAAAUUGUGAAUAUGUGGCUGCCCAGGACUACUGUGGGCAACACCAAUCUCAAGGAAAUUUCAGUGUCAUAACAGAGAACGUCCCAUGUGGCACCACUGGAGUAACAUGUUCAAAGUCCAUUAAAGUCUUCCUUGGUAGUACAGAACUGAAAUUGACAGAACAACAUGUAAUAGAAACACUGGGAGAUGCUGAAAGACGUGUAAAUUAUAUUAGUCGUGAGGUGGGCCUUUACCUGGUGAUUGAAGCAAGAAAUGGAAUUCUGUUGAUCUGGGACAAAAGUACUACAAUAUUAAUCAAGGCAUCUCCUGCGUACAAGGGUACAGUCUGUGGUCUGUGUGGAAAUUUUGAUGAUAAAUCCAACAAUGACUUCACAACCAGUCACUUGAUGCAAGUCAACAAUGUAAUGGAGUUUGGAAACAGCUGGAAAGUCGAUGCUAAAUGCCCUGAUGUGACUCAGGAUAUCCACCCUUGUACCUUAACACCACAUAGGAAAGCUUGGGCAGAGAAGCAGUGUGGCCUCAUCAUAAGUGAAGCAUUUGAAAAAUGCCACAGUAAGGUUGACCCAACUCCAUUUUAUGAGUCCUGUGUUAAUGAUGCCUGCUCAUGUGACAGUGGUGGAGAUUGCAAGUGCUUCUGUACUGCAGUUGCUAUUUAUGCACAGGAAUGCAACGAGGCAGGGGCUUGUGUCAAUUGGAGAACACCAGAUCUAUGCCCUGUAUUUUGUGACUACUACAAUCCUAAGGAUGAGUGUCAAUGGCACUAUUACCCAUGUGGCUUUCAACCAUAUAAAACCUGUCUCUCCAUAAACAACUGCUUUACCAAUGAAACAGUCACUUACCUGGAAGGUUGCUAUCCAAGCUGCCCACCUGACAAACCUAUUUUUGAUGAGAUAAAGAAAUUAUGUGUAGCAGAGAGCCAAUGUGGCUGCUACAUCAAUUGUAUUCACUACGAGUUUGGUGUGCUAGUACCAACGCCGGAGCCAUGUCAGUCAUGCAUUUGCGGAUCUGACUCCAAUGUAAGCUGUCAUUUUAACCAAUCAGCUUGUGUGUGUGUUAUCAAUGGCACUACAUAUGAAGAAGGGGCGAGUAUCUCUAAUCAUACACAGUCAGGAAUCUGCAUUGAAGUGAAAUGUAUCAAUGGAACCGCUCAACCUCACAUAACUAUCUGUCCUACCACACAGUCCACUUCCAUUCCCACAACUUCUAUUACCACUACUCCAAAGGGCUCCACCUCAACAGUUACUACCACAACUCCUACUUCUGCUACGACUUGUGUUGCAGGAUGGGUUUGCAACUGGAGCCAAUGGUAUGAUGUUAGUAAACCACAGGAGGGACUAGAUAGUGGUGAUUUUGAGACAUACGAAGAAAUAAAACGACAUGGAUUCACAAUCUGUGAAAAACCGGAAGACAUUCAGUGCAGAGCAGUGUCUGCUCCUGAUGUCAGUUUGGAUCAGAUUGGGCAGACUGUCCACUGUAAUUCAUCAUAUGGAUUUAUAUGCAGAAAUAGUGAGCAGAAUCAAGAUGCAAGCUUUUGGCAGAGGUGCUACAACUAUGAGAUCAGAGUGAGCUGCUGUGUUUGGGAUUGUUUGACUGCUACCACCACUAGUACUACUGUUGUAACCACCACCACAGAAAGAACUACACCACCUACCACAACUGAAUCCACAACUACAGAAACUACUAUGAGCACAACUACUACUAGUGUGACAACUACUACUAUUCCAGGCUCAUCAACAACCACCUUCCAUGAACCUACUACAACAUCAUCUACCAGUACUCCCCCAUCUUCAACAACUACUACAUUACUAUCGAGCACAACCAAUGGAAGUACUGCUUCUAGUACAUCUGUGACAUCUCCUACUACAACAACAGCUUCCACCACAACCCCUAUUAUUGACUCAACCACAGAAUGUACAACAGAAGUGACAGAGGAAACAACUCUAGAAACUACUACUACUACUACCAAGAAAACAACGCUAGAAACUACACCUGCAACUUCUACACCUACAACAAGUACAACCACCCCUAUAUUUACAACAACUCCAACAGAGACCUCCAGCAGUCCCACAUCAACCUCAACUUCUACUACUACUACUACAUCUGUUACCACAACUCCUCCUACUCCAUCACCACCAACUCAAGGAACCAGCAGUCCCACGUCAACCCAAACUUCAUCUGCUACUACAUCUGUUACAACAACUCCUACUCCAUCACCUACAACAAGCACAACAACCUCCAUAUUUACAACAACUCCAACAGAGACCUCCAGCAGUCCCACAUCAACCUCAACUUCUACUACUACUACUUCAUCUGUUACCACAACUCCUCCUACUCCAUCACCUCCAACUCAAGAAACCAGCAGUCCCACGUCAACCCCAACUUCAUCUGCUACUACAUCUGUUACAACAACUCCUACUCCAUCACCUACAACAAGCACAACAACCUCCAUAUUUACAACAACUCCAACAGAGACCUCCAGCAGUCCCACAUCAACCUUAACUUCUACUACUACUACAUCUGUUACCACAACUCCUCCUACUCCAUCACCUCCAACUCAAGAAACCAGCAGUCCCACGUCAACCCCAACUUCAUCUGCUACUACAUCUGUUACAACAACUCCUACUCCAUCACCUACAACAAGCACAACAACCUCCAUAUUUACAACAACUCCAACAGAGACCUCCAGCAGUCCCACGCCAACAUCAACUCCAUCAACUACCACACCUCCUCCAUCAUCCACAACAAGCACAACCAUGUCCUUGUCCACGACCACUCCAACAGAGACUCCAACCAGUACCAUCACCACCACCUCUACCACAGUAUCAUCAACUUCAACAGCUUGUCUCCCAAUAUGCAAAUGGACAAAAUGGUUUGAUGUAUCCUAUCCAACUUAUCAAAAUGGUGGUGAUUUUGAAACAUAUGAAAAUAUACGGAAGGCACAGGAAGAAAUAUGUGAAAUCCCACUAAACAUUUCCUGCAGAGCAGAGAAAUUCCCAGAUAAACCACUGGAUCAGGUGGGACAGAUAGUGACCUGUGAUGUAUCUGUUGGACUCAGAUGCUAUAACAAGGACCAAAGUUUGAUUCCUGUCUGUCACAAUUAUGAAAUUAGUGUUUACUGCUGUGAACCUAGCUGCACAUCAACAACCACAACUUUAACAUCUACUUCUCCUCCAUCUUCAACAACAAGCACAACACAGCCUCCCAGUAGUACAACAAUUCUUACUCUUCCAACAAGCACAACCCUGGAGACUACGACUACUCCUUUAUCUACAACAACCUCAGGAACCAUUCAUACUGAAAGUACAACUGUGUCUACAACCACUUUACCUACAACUACACUUGAGACAUCUACCAGCCUCACUACAACUCCCCACACCAUACCUACAAGUACAACCCAGGGAACUACUACACCAUUACCUACAACAACUGAAAUAGUGAUCAUUACAACCACAUCACCAACUACAACAGAAACAACAACUACCACUUCAGAAAGAACUUCUAGCACACCUGGACCAACAACUACCAGCGUAAGCCCUACAACUUCUGAGAGCCUUACUACAACAGAGUGUACAACAGAGGAGACAGAGGACACCCCCCCCACAACUAUCAGUACAACUACUCCCAGCCACACUACAACUACCCACACAAUACCUCCAACCCAGGGAACUACUACUUCUUUACCAACAACAACCUCUGGAACAGUGACCUUUAAAAGCACAAGCACAACCACAUCACCAACUACUACAGAGACAACAACAGAGGAAACAACAACCACUUCAAAAACAACUUCCACCACACCUGGACCAACUACUACCAGUGUAAGCCCUACAACUACUGAGAGCCCCACUACAACCGAAAAGACAAUAUCAACAUCACAAAGUACUACAUCCGUAACUGUGACUACUUUUCGCUUCCCAAGUACAACUCCUGAGACAUCUACCAGCCUCCCUACAACAUCCCACACAAUACCUACAAGUACAACCCAAGAAACGACUACUGCUCUACCUACAACAACCACUGGAACAGUAAUCUUUACAACCACAACCACACCACCAACUACAACAGAGGCAACAACCACCACUUCAGGGCCCUCAACAAGUACAUCUACAAAAGAGACAUCCAGCCCGUCAAUAUCUUCAACUCCGAAAACAUCAACUGAGUGUCCCCCAAUAUGCAAGUGGACAGAAUGGUUUGAUGUAUCCUAUCCUGUGUAUGAACCAAAUGGAGGCGAUUAUGAAACAUAUGAAAACAUUAGCAAGGCAGGACAUGAAAUAUGUAAAAAACCACUAAACAUUUCCUGCAGAGCAGAGAGAUUCCCAGAUAAACCACUGGAUCAGGUGGGCCAGAUAGUGACCUGUGAUGUAUCUGUUGGGCUCAUCUGCAACAACAAGGACCAGACAACAGGUUUCAUGCCUGUCUGUUACAAUUAUGAGAUUAGUGUUUACUGCUGUGAACCUGACCCUAGCUGCACAACUACAUCUAUUCAUACCACAACUACAACAUCUACUUCUCUUCCAUCUUCAACAACCAGCACAACACAGCCUCCUAGUACUACAACAACUACUACUGCUACUAUUCCAACAAGCACAACCUUGGAAACUACUACUCGUUUGCCUACAACAACAUCAUCUAUUACAACAUCGAUUACUCCAUCUGUGUGUCCCCCAAUCUGCAGGUGGACAGAAUGGUUUGAUGUAUUCUAUCCUAAAUAUGAACCAAAUGGAGGCGAUUAUGAAACAUAUGAUAACAUUAGGAAGGCAGGACACGAAAUAUGUGAAAAACCACUAAACAUUUCCUGCAGAGCAGAGAGAUUCCCAGAUAAACCACUGGAUCAGAUGGGCCAGAUAGUGACCUGUGAUGUAUCUGUUGGGCUCAUCUGCAACAACAAGGACCAGACAACAGGUUUCAUGCCUGUCUGUUACAAUUAUGAGAUUAGUGUUUACUGCUGUGAACCUGACCCUAGCUGCACAACUACAACUACUCAUACCACAACAUCAACCACAACUUCAACAUCUACUUCUCCUCCAUCUUCAACAACCAGCACCACGCAGCCUCCCAGUACUACAACAACUGCUACAACUACUAUUCCAAUAAGCACAACCCUGGAAACUACUACUAGUUUACCUACAACCGUGAUUACAACCACUACAUCUACAACUAUACUUGAGACGUCUACCAGCCUCAGUACAACUCCCCCCACAAUACCUACAAGUACAACCCAGGGAACUACUACUCCUGUACCUACAACAACUUCUGGAACAGUGACCUUUACAAGCACAACCACAUCACCAACUACAACAGAGACAACUACGACCACUUCAACUGAGUGUCCCACAAUAUGCGAGUGGACAGAAUGGUUUGAUGUAUCCUAUCCUGUGUAUGGACCGAAUGGAGGCGAUUAUGAAACAUAUGAAAACAUUAGCAAGGCAGGACAUGAAAUAUGUGAAAAACCACUAAACAUUUCCUGCAGAGCACAGAGAUUCCCAGAUAAACCACUGGAUCAGGUGGGCCAGAUAGUGACCUGUGAUUUAUCUGUUGGGCUCAUCUGCAACAACAAGGACCAGACAACAGGUUUCAUGCCUGUCUGUUACAAUUAUGAGAUUAGUGUUUACUGCUGUGAACCUGACCCUGGCUGCACAACUACAACUACUCAUACCACAACUACAACAUCUACUUCUCUUCCAUCUUCAACAACCAGCACAACACAGCCUCCUAGUACUACAACAACUACUACUGCUACUAUUCCAACAAGCACAACCUUGGAAACUACAACUCGUUUGCCUACAACAACAUCAUCUAUUACAACAUCGAUUACUCCAUCUGUGUGUCCCCCAAUAUGCGAGUGGACAGAAUGGUUUGAUGUAUCCUAUCCUGAGUAUGGACUGAAUGGAGGCGAUUAUGAAACAUAUGAAAACAUUAGCAAGGCAGGGCAUGAAAUAUGUGAAAAACCACUAAACAUUUCCUGCAGAGCACAGAGAUUCCCAGAUAAACCACUGGAUCAGGUGGGCCAGAUAGUGACCUGUGAUGUAUCUGUUGGGCUCAUCUGCAACAACAAGGACCAGACAACAGGUUUCAUGCCUGUCUGUUACAAUUAUGAGAUUAGUGUUUACUGCUGUGAACCUGACCCUAGCUGCACAACUACAACUACUCAUACCACAACAUCAACCACAACUUCAACAACUACUUCUCCUCCAUCUUCAACAACCAGCACAACACAGCCUCCUAGUACUACAACAACUACUACUGCUACUAUUCCAACAAGCACAACCCCGGAAACUACUACUAGUUUACCUACAACCGUGACUACAACCACUACACCUACAACUACACUUGAGACGUCUACCAGCCUCAGUACAACUCCCCCCACAAUACCUACAAGUACAACCCAGGGAACUACUACUCCUGUACCUACAACAACUUCUGGAACAGUGACCUUUACAAGCACAACCACAUCACCAACUACAACAGAGACAACUACGACCACUUCAGAAACAACUUCCACCACAACUGGACCAACAACUACCAGUGUUAGCCCUACAACUACUGAGAGCCUUUCUACAACAGAAUGUACAACAGACUAUGAGGAAACAACUCCAGAAACCAGCCACACAACUGAAUCAACUAUCACAAUUCGUACAUUCUCUACCAUUUCUUCUACAAUUGCUACUGCGCCACAACAAGAAGCUACAACUUCUUCUACCACAACUACAAGAGGAACCACAACCACAUCAGUUACUACUGUAUCAACGUCCUAUCCCACAACAAUUACUUUCCCUACUUCAACUACAACUAAACCCACUGAAACAUCCAGCCCUUCACCUACGACUUCUACUGAAUAUACACCAACGCAAACACCCAUUGCUACUACAACCACAACACACACACCCUCUGAAACAACAACAACAACAACCGUUUCUCCUACAACCACAACAUACACACCCUCUGAAACAUCAACAACAAUUUCUCUUACAACCACACCCAUUUCUACUACAACCACUACACACACACCCUCUGAAACAACAACAACCAUUUCUCCUACAACCACACCCAUUUCUACUACAACCACAACACACACGCCCUCUGAAACAACAACAACAACAACCAUUUCUCCUACAACCACAGCAUACACACCCUCUGAAACACCAACAACCAUUUCUCCUACAACCACACCCAUUUCUAUUACAACCACAACACACACACCAUCCAUUUCCUCUACAACCACAACCGUUUCUCCUACAACCACAACAUACACACCCGCAGAAACAUCAACAACCAUUUCUCCUACAACCACACCCAUAUCUACUACAACCACAACACACACACCCUCUGAAACAACAACAACCAUUUCUCCUACAACAACAACCAUUUCUCCUACAACUACAACAACUGUUUCCUCUACAACCACAACCAUUUCUCCUACAACCACAACAUACACACCCUCUGAAACAUCAACAACCAUUUCUCCUACAACUACAACAACCGUUUCCUCUACAACCACAACCAUUUCUCCUACAACCACAACACGCACACCCUCUGAAACAACAACAGCAACCAUUUCUCCUACAACCACAACAAACACACCCUCAGAAACAUCAACAACCAUUUCUCCUACAACCACACCAAUUUCUACUACAACCACAACACACACACCCUCUGAAACAACAACAACCAUUUACUCUACAACCACAACCAUUUCUCCUACAACCACAACAAACACACCCUCAGAAACAUCAACAUCCAUUUCUCCUACAACCACACCCAUUUCUACUACAACCACAACACACACACCCUCUGAAACAACAACAGCAACCAUUUCUCCUACAACCACAACACACACACCCUCAGAAACAUCAACAACCAUUUCUCCUACGACCACUCCCAUUUCUACUACAACCCCAACAUACAUACCCUCUGAAACAACAACAACCAUUUACUCUACAACCACAAUCAUUUCUCCGACAACCACAACAAACACACCCUCAGAAACAUCAACAACCAUUUCUCCUACAACCACACCAAUUUUUACUACAACCACAACACACACACCCUCUGAAACAACAACAACCAUUUACUCUACAACCACAACCAUUUCCCCUACAACCACAACAAACACACCCUCAGAAACAUCAACAUCCAUUUCUCCUACAACCACACCCAUUUCUACUACAACCACAACACACACACCCUCUGAAACAACAACAAACAUUUCUCCUACGACCACUCCCAUUUCUACUACAACCACAACACACAUACCCUCUGAAACAACAACAACCAUUUACUCUACAACCACAACCAUUUCUCCUACAACCACAACAAACACACCCUCAGAAACAUCAACAACCAUUUAUCCUACAACCACACCAAUUUUUACUACAACCACAACACACACACCCUCUGAAACAACAACAACCAUAUACUCUACAACCACAAGCAUUUCUCCUACAACCACAACAAACACACCCUCAGAAACAUCAACAUCCAUUUCUCCUACAACCACACCCAUUUCUCCUACAACCACAACAAACACACCCUCAGAAACAUCAACAUCCAUUUCUCCUACAACCACACCCAUUUCUCCUACAACCACCACACCCAUUUCUCCUACAACCACAACACACACACCCUCAGAAACAUCAACAAACAUUUCUCCUACGACCACUCCCAUUUCUACUACAACCACAACACACAUACCCUCUGAAACAACAACAACCAUUUACUCUACAACCACAACCAUUUCUCCUACAACCACCACAAACACACCCUCAGAAACAUCAACAACCAUUUCUCCUACAACCACACCAAUUUUUACUACAACCACAACACACACACCCUCUGAAACAACAACAACCAUAUACUCUACAACCACAAGCAUUUCUCCUACAACCACAACAAACACACCCUCAGAAACAUCAACAUCCAUUUCUCCUACAACCACACCCAUUUCUACUACAACCACAACACACACACCCUCUGAAACAACAACAGCAACCAUUUUUCCUACAACCACAACACACACACCCUCAGAAACAUCAACAACCAUUUCUCCUACGACCACUCCCAUUUUUACUACAACCACAACACACAUACCCUCUGAAACAACAACAACCAUUUACUCUACAACCACAACCAUUUCUCCCACGACCACAACAUACACACCCUCUGAAACAACAACCUCAACCAUUUCCCCUACAACUACACUACACCCACCCUCUGAGACUACCACAAUCUAUACGCCAACAGAAAUUACAACCACUUCAACUGCACAAACCACCUCCUCACCCUCUGAAACAUCAACCUCUUCAGUGAUCUCCACGCCAUGUUUAUGUUUGUAUUCUGGAGCAACAUAUCAUCCAGGUGAAGAAAUAACUAGUGGUGUUGUCAAUGGAACCUGGUGCUACAGGGUGAUCUGUAGUGCAGAGUGUGAGGCAAAGUUAGAAAAUUGGAUCUGUGGAUCCACUACUACACCAACUACUCCUACAACUACGCCAUUUACUACAACCUCAGAAACAAUAUCAACAUCACAAUCAACCACUCCAGAAAGUACUACAGUGAUCUCAACUACUACGUCACCACUGUCAUCCACUACAAACUCGAGCACAACAAAAUCCACAUCAGUAAAAUCAACUACAACAUCGAUAGCAUCCACGACAAAAACUGGAUGCCCAUUUGAUCCAUACCGUGAACACAAUGAAACCUGGAUGCUAUGUAACUGCACCAUGGCCAGAUGCUUGGAAAACAACGUUGUAGAAGUUAUCCAGCUAAAGUGUGAACCUCCUCCUAUGAUAACUUGUGCCAAUGGACGCCCACCAAUUGCUGUUCCUGAUGAUGACCUUUGCUGUUGGCAUUGGGAGUGUGAUUGUGUGUGUUCUGGCUGGGGAGACCCUCAUUAUGUCACAUUUGAUGGAACGUAUUAUAGUUACCAAGGGAACUGCACGUACGUCUUAGUUGAAGAAAUCGAAAAGAAAGUUGAUAACUUUGGCAUAUACAUUGAUAACUACUACUGUGAUGACAGGGACCGCGUUUCAUGUCCACGUAAUAUCAUUGUGCGCCAUGAAAGCCAAGAGAUACAGAUUUUGGCUAAAACAUUGACACCUUUGUCUUUAGAGGUCCUGGUUAAUGGGGAAAUUGUUGGAGUUCCAUAUAAAAAAUAUGGCGUAAAGAUUUACACAUCUGGUAUCAAUUAUGUGGUGGAAAUACCCGAACUGAAGACCAAUAUCACCUUCAAUGGAAUGUCAUUUUCUGUUAAGCUGCCUCACAAUCUCUUUGGAGGCAACACCCAAGGACAAUGCGGUACCUGCACCAACAACAGAGCUGAUGACUGCAUGAUGCGUAAUCAUACCAUCACAUCUAAUUGUGAGGCCAUGGCUGACACAUGGAUUGUGCAUGACCCAAGGAAGCCUGAAUGCAUUACCAAGCCUCUGCCACCAUUAACUACUCCUUCAACUUCCUGCAAACCUUCUGCUCUUUGUGAACUUAUCAAGAGCCAGGCAUUCAAGGAGUGUCACAAUAAAUUGAAUCCUGAAGACUUCUACCAGGCUUGCAUUUUUGACAGCUGCCAUGUGCCCCACUCUAACAUUGAAUGUACCAGUCUGCAGCAAUAUGCACUACUCUGCGGAGAUCAGGGAAUAUGUGUGGAGUGGAGAAGCCAAGCUCCAGGCUGUGCCAUUUCCUGCCCAGCCAAUAAAGUUUAUAAACCAUGUGCUUCAGUUGCAACUCAAACCUGCCAAACCACCCCAGAAGAGGAUGCAUUGAUGAAAGAGGACAAGCGCUUAGUAGAAGGAUGUUUCUGCCCUCAAGGCACCAUGCCGUUCAGCACAGAAAAUGAUGUCUGCGUUUCAAGCUGCGGCUGUGUUGGACCAGACAACAUACCCCGAAAGUAUGGAGAAAUGUUUCAGUUGGACUGCCAGGACUGUGUCUGUAGAGAGGGUGGAAGUGGUAUCUUUUGCCAGACGCACUUCUGCAAGGACACUAAGAAUACGAAGACAUGUGAUCUGGAAGGAUUUGUUGCUGUGAUCCAGCCGAGCUCUACAGACAAGUGCUGCAAUGAAACCAUAUGCCGAUGUGAUACCAGCCAAUGUUCUAAUGCAUCUCCCAACUGUGGCCUUGGAUAUGAGAUGGUGGGGAGCAUUCCUGAGGGACACUGCUGUCCUAUAUACCAGUGUGUCCGUAAACAAGUCUGUGUGCAUGCCAAUGCUGAAUAUCUGCCUGGAUCUCCUGUUUAUUCAGACAAGUGCCAGACAUGCGUGUGUGGGAACAGCAGUACAGGACUGGAAAUACAAUGUCAGCGCGUUGCCUGCAACGUACAGUGCCCACCUGGCUUUACACUGAAGGAGAGCAAACAAGACUGCUGUGGAGUGUGUGAACAGACCCACUGUGUCUUGAACUAUGAUGGAGUCUACCAACUUCUGAAUCCUGGGGACACCGUGCCGGCCCGGAAUGAUAACUGCACAGUGUACAGCUGCACAAUGAUUAGGAAGCAGUUUAUCAGCUCUGUCUCACAGAUCUCUUGCCCUCCAUUUUACCAGGACGACUGUGAACCGGGAACUAUUCAGUUCUUACCCAAUGGCUGCUGCAAAAUAUGUAUUCAGAAGUCCACUUCUUGCAAGCUCCAACCAUUCUUUGACUAUCUGUUUCAUAAUAACUGCCGAUCUCUCCAGCCUGUCAAAAUGUCUCGCUGUGAAGGAACCUGUGAUACAUUUUCCAUGUACUCAGCCAAAGCGGGGUCCAUAUCACAUAAGUGCACUUGCUGCCAAGAGGUGCUCACCAGCCAGAAGUCAGUAAAACUCCAGUGUAGCGAUGGGGAUGUUGUUGACCAUCAGUACAUUGAUGUAGAAGAGUGUAACUGUAUGAAUACCGAAUGUGGGCCUGUCCAGUCUCAGGACUCCGAACUUAAUGUCCGUUCAAGGAGAUCUUUGCGAAAAAGGAGACAGCUUCACGGUGGGGAUUAACCAAUGCCGCAAGCUUAUUUAACCAAAAACAUUACUCUUAAACAUAACUAAAUGUGUUGUUUAUUUUCUUCUUUAAAAUAAAGCCCUUUUCUCUUAA